GCCCAUGUGACUCGCAGUCUUGUUGCCGCGUCGCGAGCAGAGGGACAGAUUCAAAAACUGCAGUUAGAAUGGGUGCAACGGUGAUCGAAAAUGAAGCCCAUUUCCAAUCUGAGAUGGCGAACGCCGGUACGAAGCUUGUUGUCGUGGACUUUACAGCGACAUGGUGUCCACCGUGUCAGCGUAUUGCACCAAUUUUCGAGCAGCUACCGGCUAAGUUUCCGCGAGCAGUGUUCCUAAAAGUUGACGUAGAUAGGUGCGCCGAAACAGCCAGUGCUCAGGGAAUAAGUGCUAUGCCCACGUUCAUUUUCUACAGAAACAGAACAAGGAUUGAUCGCCUACAAGGUGCAGAUGCUGCAUCUCUGGAGAGUAAAGUGAGACAGUAUUAUGGUACUGAAGAGUCUGGUGAUGAUGACAACACUGUUGCUGGGCAUAUGGAUCUAACAACAUUCAUCACAAAGAGUGAAUGUGAAUGUCUGAACGAGGCAGAUGAUCACCCUCUAGCUCACGCAUUGACCAGCGGGGGAGGCUACCUGGCCAGUGACUGUGAUGAGCAACUUAUUAUUAAUAUUUCUUUCAAUCAGCUGGUAAAACUACACUCUGUGAAGAUAAAGGCACCCAGUGACAAGGGUCCCAAGUUUGUAAAGCUAUUCAUUAAUCAACCACGAACGCUAGAUUUUGAUCAGGCAUCUGGGAAUGCAUCUGUACAAGAUUUGGAAUUCUCUCCGAGUGAUCUGGAAGCUGGUAACCCAGUUCCUCUCAAGUUUGUCAAGUUCCAGAGUGUCCAAAACAUUCAGUUGUUCAUAAAGGACAAUCAGUCGGGUGGUGAUGUGACGCAAAUAGACCAGCUAGUGUUGUAUGGGUCACCCAUUUCCACCACAAACAUGGGGGAAUUCAAACGAGUGGCAGGCAAAAGGGGUGAAAGUCACUAGCCCAGACUGUUGCAGUGUUGUCGUUAGUUCAAUUUGGUUUCAAAGUGGAGUGCUAUUUCAAAUAUUUACUUUUUUUAGUUUAAACAACUUUUAAAUAAAUCACUUUCCACUGAAUGCAAAAACGACGCGCCAUGCAAGGCACAUGACACGUACCGUCUUCAAUAAAAUCAUGAUAAAGUAUGCCACAUUUGUGACAAGAUGCAUAGUCAUAAUAGAAAUCUGCUGAUUCUACUAAGUCUAAGUACCAAGUGCCUAAACAUAAUUGUACAUUGUAAAACUUACCUUAUGCAGAUAAAGUUACAGUACCUAGCAGGAAAUACAAAUCGACCUUCAGAAAAAGUCCUUUGGUCUCAUAGGUAAAGUCAAACGGUAGGACAAAACGUCACAUAAGUAUGAGUGACAGAGACAACGCUCUACAAAGCCAAAAUCUCUUUCUAAAGGUUUAUGUGCAAUAUUUCCUACUGGCUACUAUAAAGUCUAUAUAUACCCCCAAUCGUGGAGUGAGGUGAUGGUAUAUUUUCUUGAACACAGAUGUAUAAUCAUCUUGUAUUCAUCAAAGGUUGUACAAGUGAAAAAUCGAACUUUAGAACCUCGCGCCGGGGCGUCGCUUACGUGCUGUGGAAAGUUAUCUAAGAUUUGUUUAAGUUUUAAUUUAUCAUUUAAGGAAAAAUAGAUUAUUCACACCUUUAAAAACUUAGCAUUAUUGUUUCUUUUAUAUAUAAAAAAUUGCUUUAACCACUGCUUCACUAGGACUUCAAAGGACUAUGACAACAUGUUGCAAAAAUAAAGUGAAAGACUACUACAAAGAGUGUGGUAGGAUAAUCUUUAUGUCAAAGUGAAUAAUAUGUGUUUAGAUUAAUUUAUGUACACAUAAUGUAUAUUACUACAUAUUUACUAUCUGUAAUAUAAAACAUUAUUCAGUGUCAAAUACAAAAGCAUUUUGUUUAAUAUAUUCCUUACCAAGUUUGUAAAUGGGUGUUAUAGAUCAUAAAAAAUAACUGAGCAGCUAGCAAACAGAACUGGACUAGUCCUCUUUAGCUCAAAACAUAUUAUUAUCGUAGAUAGACUUUGAAUCUCAGUGUCUUGAUCCAGUUAUGUCGAUCCAUAUUGUCAUUUUCAAAGAAAACAAGUUCAAAAUUGUGUAAAAAUAUACUCAAAAAGUAUGCUGUCAAGUAAAACAAGAUGAAUCCAAUACAAAUGAAACUAGUAUUUUCUCGCUGUCUUGUAUUUAGUUUCGUGGAAUAGUUCAGUUCUGUUUCCAGCUAUUCAACUAUAUCACACAUAAAAUGGAGAAGCUCCUGAAGAACAUUCGAUUUGUAUAUUAUAAAAUAAAACAUGUAAUGUGUAAAA